AAUUAUUGGAAGCACCAGAAGUCCACAAGCUCUUAACCAAGAAAAACUUUUAAAAAAAAAACUAAAAAAAAAGAGAGAAGAAUGAGAUUGUUUCUUUUAGUUUCUUUCUUUGCUUCUAUGUUACUUGAAGCAUACGGUUUUACCGCUGAAACUGAUAGGCAAUCAUUGUUGGAGUUCAAGUCUCAAGUUUCUGAAGGUAAACGAGUUGUCUUGUCCUCAUGGAAUAACUCAUUCCCACUUUGCAAUUGGAAGGGGGUUAAAUGUGGCAGCAAACACAAGAGAGUUAUUAGUUUGGACCUCAAUGGAUUUCAAUUGGGAGGGGUGAUAUCACCAUAUAUUGGUAAUCUCUCGUUUCUCAUAUCACUUGAUCUAUCUAAUAACACUUUUGGUGGUACCAUCCCUGAAGAGAUAGGAAACUUGUUUAGACUUAAAUACUUGAAUAUGGCCUCAAAUGUUCUUGGAGGAAGAAUUCCAGUUAGUCUAUCUAACUGCUCAAGAUUGUUGGAGCUUAUUUUGAUUAGAAAUCAUCUUGGAGGAGGUGUUCCUUCAGAACUAGGGUCAUUGACGAACCUUGGUAUUUUAUAUCUUGGUCGAAACAACCUGAAAGGGAAGCUCCCGGCCUCUCUUGGAAACUUGACAUCCCUUAGAUACCUUGGCUUUGGGGUUAACUAUAUAGAAGGAGAGGUUCCAUAUAGUAUGUCUAAAUUGACUCAAUUGUUGCGUCUUCAUUUAGGAUCCAACAGAUUUUCAGGUGUUUUUCCUUCAUGUAUCUACAAUUUGUCCUCACUUGAGUAUUUAUACCUCUUUGAUAAUGGUUUCUCUGGUAGCUUGAGGUCUGAUUUUGGGAACAUGCUACCAAAUCUUCAAGAUUUAAAUAUGGGAAGGAAUCAUUACACAGGAGCCAUUCCAACAACACUUUCCAAUGUCUCGACUCUUCAACGCUUGGUAAUGGAAGAAAACAAUUUGACGGGUAGUAUUCCUUUGGGUUUUGGAAAAAUACCGCGUUUGCAAAUCCUAAGUUUAAAUCGCAAUUCUUUGGGAAGUCAAUCUUUUGGUGAUCUUGAGUUUCUUGGGUCUUUGACUAACUGCACCCAACUAGAAACUUUAUAUGUUGGUGAAAAUAGAUUGGCAGGUGAUCUACCUACCUCCAUUGCCAAUCUAUCCAGGAGCCUCAUCAAUAUAUACCUUGCAAUGAAUCACAUCUCUGGAAGCAUUCCUCAUGACAUCGGGAAUCUCAUAAGCCUACGGUCACUUGAUUUGGGAGAUAAUUUGUUGACUGGACCACUCCCAACCUCUAUUGGUAAGCUUUCAGAACUUGGGGAAUUAAGUCUCUAUUCAAAUAGAAUGUCAAGAGAGUUACCAUCUUCUAUAGGUAACAUCACUGGGUUAGUACACCUUUAUUUGUUCAACAAUAGUUUUGAAGGAACCAUUCCUCCUAGUCUUGGUAAUUGUAGUUACUUGCUAGAAUUGUGGAUUGCGUAUAAUAAGUUGAGUGGGAUUAUACGUCGCGAAAUUAUGCAAAUCCCAAACCUUGUAACGUUAAUCAUAGAAGGUAAUUCUUUGAUCGGCUCUCUACCAAAUGAUGUUGGAAGACUACAGUAUCUUGUUCUACUUAAAGUUGGUAAUAAUAACUUAUCAGGACAACUCCCACAAACCUUGGGACGUUGUCUCUCGUUGGAAGUUAUUUAUCUACAAGGAAAUUCUUUUGUGGGUGCUAUUCCAGAUAUAAAAGCGUUGAUGGGUGUAAAAAGAGUCGAUUUGUCGAACAAUAAUCUCUCUGGAAGCAUACCUCGAUAUCUUGGAAACUUUCCAUCGUUGGAGUAUCUCAAUCUAUCUGUUAACAAGUUUGAGGGAAGGGUGCCAACAGAAGGAAAAUUUCAGAAUGCUACUAUUGUUUCAGUAUUUGGAAACAAAGAUUUAUGUGGAGGCAUCCAGGAAUUGAAUAUAAAGCCAUGCCCCUCGAAAGCACCACCAAUGGGGACAAAGCAUUCCUCUCAUCUAAAGAAAGUCGCAAUUGGAGUAGAAUAUGGAAUUGGAGGACAUCCAUCAAUACAUGGUGAUGUGUAUAGCUUUGGGGUUCUUAUUUUGGAAAUGUUUACUGGAAAAAGACCAACCAAUGUGUUAUUUGAGGGGACUUUUACACUACACAACUACGUCAAGUUGGCGUUGCCAAAGCGAGUGUUGGACAUUGCAGACGAAUCGAUUCUUCAUUGCGGUCUCAGAGUCGGUUUUCCUGUUGCUGAGUGCUUGACGCUUGUUUUAGAGUUGGGACUUAGGUGUUGUGAAGAAUCUCCGACGAACCGUUUGGCAACAAGUGAAGCCACAAAGGAGUUAAUCUCAAUUAGAGAGAAGUUCUUUAACACCAAAAGAACAGCCAGACGCUGAAACGUUUAUGGUUUCAUCAACAAACUUUGCAACCCACUUAAAAGGCUUAAUCUAUGAGGCCUGUAUCUGUGAUUUGUUUUUUUUUUCUUUCUUAUCCUCUGUUUAGGCUAUGUUAUCUAUAGAAAAGAUUAAUAAAUGUUUGCGUUACAA